AAAACAGUGCUGUAAUAUACUCGCGGGAGCUAAAGAGCACUGUCGCGAUACUUAUCGAAUAGAGGAGUGCAAUCAUCGGCUAGUUGCAACAACAACGAGUGGUGCGUCUAGAAAUGCGCAAUGAACGAUAGCUCACAAGAGAGUAUAAAAACAAUGCGGUGCUUCGCAUCUCUAUGUAGUCGGUAAGCAAACAAAAAUAAACCACACGAAACGAGCGCCCAGUUUUCCAAUUAAAGCUGAACGAAUUGUUUCAUACAUAACUGCGAGCAUAUCAUUGCUGUCCCAGGCGAUGGCAUUUGCGACUAGGAAGAAAGAAGAUCCGCUCUCGUCCAAUGACGAUGAGAUAUUGCAAAUCAAAAUAAAAGAGCUGCAGGACAAAUUAGAUGACAUCUUGAGCAAUCAAGACUUGAUAAUCACUCUCCGAAGUCAAGUAAACACUCUGCCAAACAUUAAUGGGCCGUUGACUGAACCCACUGAGAUCAGAACGGAAUAUUUCCCAGUGCGAGAGCAGCAAGAACUGGAAAAAUUAGACUCUGAAUUGGCCAAUCCCGGAAAUAGCUUUAUUCCUAUGAUGAAGCGAAUUUUGCGGCCAGAAGGCAUCAUCCAGCCACUGAAGGAUAGUAUACCCAAGAUAUUCGGAGAGGAAAUAAUAAUGGGCUUCAACUUCGAUGGUGUUAACCACAAACAGCCGUUUAAGAAUAUUAACAGGGCCAUCUAUGAUUCAAAAAAGAAGUGGAUACACUGAAGCAGACUACAUCGCAGACAUAAGAAUUACUUUUCACACCCUAAAACGUCGGUAUCAUAAAAGAAAACACGAUGUGAAAAGGAGGAGUAA